AUGCCUCGCAAGUCUACCACCCAGGCCGACCCUGCCCCCGAUACCCCCGAUACCCUCCUGCGGCAGACACGUGCCCGCUCAAAGCUCACCGAUGCUUCUCCUCUGAUGCAAGGUCUUGACCACCGGGGACGUCCCCAGGGUCCCCUCAUCGAAAAGCCCAAGGCCAAGCCCAAGACCAAGGCCACCGACGAGGUCGCCCCCAAAUCGAAAGGCAGUCUAAAGCCGGCCCUUAAGAAGGCCAACAACAAACUCAGGAGGAAGCAGAAGGUCGCUUUCCGAGCCCAAGUCAGUCAUGUUUCUGACGACGAGUCUGAAAACAGUCCGGUUGAAGAAGACGACGACGCCGCACAGGAUGCUGCAGACAAUGAUGACGACAACUCGAAUGAUGCACCUCCUGCUCAGAACAGUGAUGAUCAAGUUCCGGAUGAAGAGGAUUCUGAAAUGUCAGAUGCCCCUGAUUCCCCUGGUUCAGACGAUUCUGAACCGCCAAGCCCGGCUCAAAACCCUGAGGACGGCACCAAUGAUGAUUCCCCCGAGUCUCCCACUUCGCCCCAGAACAACAACAACUCUGGGUUGCCCGAUGCCCCCGAUGCCCCUACUCCCACCCCUACAGCCAACCAAGGGGAUGACGGCGGUAACGCUCCCGUUGAGCAUGUCUCUGAUCCCGAGGACUCUGAUUUUUCAGACAACAGUCUUUCAGCUUCGGAGCCCGCUGCCCACGCCAAGGUCUUGACACCGAUCAGCGUCCCAUCCUCGGGUAAUCUCAGCCCGUUGAUUAUGCCCCAUCUCGACCCUGAGAUCCCUGGACUUUAUGGCUCUGGUGUCAGAGCCCGUCCGCACUAUGGCUGGUAUGAGCAGUAUCACCUUACCGGGCUCGACUGCGCAAAGGUGCACGGCUGUACACACAAUCCUGGGAGAGUAUGUCACAGCUGCCACGCCGAUUGGCACAAGGCCUGGUCUGUGUACUUCAAGGCGCAUGAGCUUCUAGAUGAAGCAGUUGCAAACGCAGAACAAUAUUUGACGGAUACAGGAGUUGAUGUGCGCAAGGACUAUUUGGGACACCUGUUGGAGGGGUCAGGCUGGGAGGUGCUGGCACUGGAACUGCAGCCCCCUGCUGGCAACAGUAUUCGGCUUCAUCCUACACGCAUCGCCAAGCACAGGCUGGCUCUUGCUCAAGUGGCGACUGACAUGGAGGAAUAA